GAAAGAGAAAAAAUAAAUUAAACACAAAAUAAAAUAAAAAAUAAAACAGAGAAAAUAAAAAUUUGCAAAAAAACAACAAAGGAAAGAAAAACCAUUCAUUGGCUCCAAACCAACGUUUUGGUUUCCUCGUCAAAACAACAACCCCAUUGUUUCUUCCAAAAUCUGAAAACAACCCAUUUUACACAACAUCAUUUGGAGGAAACCUGAAGAAUUUUUUGGGGUCUUGGGUUUGGUUUCACAUUUUCAUUCUCUCCAUUGUUGUCUUUCAUUUUUUGGUUCAUUUGGGGUGGUUUCAUCUUCUGGGUUUGGUGCAGAAAUGGUUUCUGCAUUUCUCCUUCCAUUGCAGAUUGUUAUUCAGUGAGAGAGAUAGAGAGACAUUUUUGGUUUGGGGUGGUGUUGAUGGAUGAAGGUGAAUGAAAUAUAGGGAAGGGUGGUGGAAGGUUGAAAAUCAAAGUGGAGACCUUCAAGAGAAUGAGCAGAGAGCUGAAUGGCAUUGUAAAGGCCUGGGAAGCAACAGUUCGAAAAUCAGCUGGUGGAAAGAAAAGGGCAAACAGCAUCUUCACACCAAUGUCUGUGGCCCAUGUAGAUGAUGAUGAGUCAAGAGAGGUGUGCCAGGUUGAGAAGCUUCUCCCCAAUGGUGACUUCUACACAGGACAAUGGCUUGACAAAAACCCUCAUGGCCAAGGUAAAUAUCUCUGGACAGAUGGGUGUAUGUAUGUUGGUGAAUGGAGCAGAGGUAGCACCACAGGGAAAGGUAGGUUUAGCUGGCCUAGUGGUGCUACCUAUGAAGGUGAAUUCAAAUGUGGGUUUAUGGAUGGUAAAGGUACUUACAUUGGUUCCUCUGGGGAUACUUAUAAAGGUUCUUGGGUGAUGAAUUUGAAGCAUGGCCAUGGUGCUGAGAGUUAUCCUAAUGGGGAUUUCUAUGAUGGGGAGUGGAGGAAAGGGUUGCAGAAUGGGCAUGGGAGGUAUCAAUGGAAGAAUGGGAACCAUUACAUUGGGAAGUGGAAGAGUGGGUUGUUUAGUGGGAAUGGGACAAUGAUGUGGCACAAUGGGAAUAGAUAUGAUGGGUGUUGGGAAGAUGGGUUUCCUAAAGGGAAUGGCACAUUCAGGUGGGGUGAUGGGAGUUUCUAUGUUGGGGUUUGGAGUAAAGACCCAAGGGAGCAGAGUGGGACUUAUUACCCUUCUGGUGCUUCUGAUAGCCAUCUUGAAUGGGAUCCUCAGGAGGUGUUCUCUGUGGAGUUGAGUGAUUGCAAGAUUUGUCCUUGUGAGGAAGUUCCAAUUUACCCUUCACAGAAGACAUUGGAUGUCCCUGGGUUAGCUGGGUUAGAGGCAGAUAUUAACUCAGUGAAGGGAACUAAUGGUAGUGAGAGGCCUAGAUGGUCCUCAGUGGAUGGAAGGCUUAGUAAUUAUGGCUCUGAAGAUGGGUCUUGUACUUUGGAUGGAGGUAGGAAAUCCGGAUUUGAUGAGUUGGGGGGUAAUAAUUCCUUUCCAAGAUCGCGCAAAUCGCCGCACUUGAGAAUUAAGGCUCCUAAGAGACAGGGAGAUACCAUAUCGAAAGGGCAUAAGAACUAUGAGCUCAUGCUGAAUUUGCAACUAGGUAUCAGACAUUCUGUUGGAAGACCUGCUCCAAGUGCAUCUCUUGAUUUGAAGCCUUCUGCAUUUGAUCCCAAAGAAAAAGUGUGGACUAAAUUUCCACCAGAAGGAUCCAAGCACACGCCUCCUCACCCGUCUUGUGAAUUUAGAUGGAAAGACUACUGCCCGGUAGUAUUCAGGGCUCUUAGAAAAUUGUUCAAAGUUGAUCCUGCUGAUUACAUGAUAUCAAUAUGUGGGAAUGAUGCCCUUCGGGAGCUCUCGUCCCCUGGGAAAAGUGGAAGCUUCUUCUACUUGACCAAUGAUGAUCGAUACAUGAUAAAGACCAUGAAAAAAGCAGAAGUAAAAGUUUUUCUAAGAAUGCUUCCUGCUUAUUAUAAACACGUUCGGGCUUUUGAGAACACUCUAGUCACCAAGUUCUUUGGCCUCCAUUGUGUGAGGCUAACUGGAACUGCACAGAAGAAGGUUCGCUUUGUCAUCAUGGGAAACCUCUUUUGCUCUCAAUACGCCAUCCACAGACGCUUUGACUUAAAAGGUUCAACCUUUGGUCGCAAUACUGAUAAACCUGAGGACGAAAUAGAGCCAACAACAACACUUAAGGACCUUGACCUGAAUUUCAUAUUCCGGUUGCAGAAGUCUUGGUUCCAAGAAUUCUGCAGGCAAGUGGAUAGGGACUGUGACUUUCUCGAACAGGAGAGGAUUAUGGAUUAUAGCAUGUUGGUGGGUCUUCACUUUAAAGAAACAUCACCUAGUGGAUCUGUUACACCUUCCGGUCGCUAUUCAGGAGCUUGCACCCCAUCUGGCUUUGAUGAUGGCCGUCCUCGUCUUUCUGGGGUCGAUGCAGAUCACCUCAUUGUAGAUCCUAGUCGUUGGAUUCAAUUAGGUGUCAACAUGCCGGCACGAGCUGAAAUGACUGUAAGAAAAGGUAACAAUGACACUCCUCAACUAGUGGGAGAACCAACCGGGGAGUUGUAUGAGCUUAUCAUCUUUUUUGGCAUCAUAGACAUAUUACAAGACUAUGACAUUAGUAAAAAGCUUGAGCAUGCUUACAAAUCAAUGCAGUAUGAUCCAACCUCAAUCUCUGCUGUUGAUCCAAGGCUAUACUCAAAACGCUUUCGCGAUUUCAUCUUCAGAGUUUUUGUAGAGGACACUUAAGGAUAAACCAGUGUCAUAGUUUUGAUGCUAAAUAUUCAGCUUGCAGCCGGCAGCGACCCAUGUAAAUGACAAGAGUUCUAACCAACAUAUUGACACACUCAUACCUAGGUUGGCUGCCAACACACUAAUUGGGGGUCUAUACUGUGAAAGACAAGGGAGGAUACACAUUUUCUAAAGUUUGUUUAUUGUUCUGGCUAUCAUCCUCCACCUCCCCCUUUCACUUGGGGAAUUUUAAUUUAUUUAUAGUCACAACAACAAAUGUAUGUUGUAGUGUAGAUGAUCAAUGUUGUUCAGAGUUAAUCAAAGCCUUUUCCAAUUGUAAAUGAAUGAACAAAAGGGAGAGAACAACAUUGAAAAGAAAUUAUUCUUUGUUAACAUUUUUGUCCCCCAAAUGAGGACCCUUGGAUUUUGGACCAAAUUACAAUACAGAUGAACAAGUGAUUUUACCUGCCACAGCAGGUUUUGAC